GGGCCUCUAUGCAACUCUCUUGCCUUCCUGCAGCCACGAGCCUAGGACAGUGAUGCUCAAGUCAAUCAUCCAGCCUCUUCGCAGCGUGCGCUGCUAUUCAGUGGCUCCUGCACACGCAUCUCAGGCGCAGAAACCCACGGUCGUGCGUUAUCCAUACUUUGUUUCACGCACCCCAAAUGGCACUCUUCCCGUCUACUCCGAUAUUCGCAACACGAAGUAUAUUCUCCUUAUCCGCAACGUCGCAGGCGAUAUCAAUUCCCUUGUCCAAGACCUCCAACGCGAUCUCUUCCCCGCUGGAUCACCUGAGGCGGAGAGGCUCAAAAUUGAAACUCGCCGCUCACGGCAUCUCUACAUCCAAGGCGGACGAUGGAGGCAGAACAUCGUGGACUGGCUCCAAGCGAAAGGCUUCUAACGCCCCAUUCUCAGCAGCCCCUGGGAUCUUCGCCCGGCUUUGUGGACUACCCUGUGCUUCUUCGAAGUCUUUCCGACAAUGAAAGGCCAACUGCCAGUUAUACAUAAAUCUGGCGCUCAUAUGAUCAGCACAACUGUAUACGACAGUAAUAAUACCGGAUCGCGUUG